AUGCCUGCCGGUAGCUGUUUCUGCAAGAACGUUCGCGUCGAAUAUGAUGGCGAGCCCAUCGUGACUGCCUUGUGCCACUGCAUUGAUUGUCGCAAGCUCACCGGGGGGCUAUACUCGUACAACUUUCUUGUGAAUACUGCCGAUCUUAGGAUCACUGGGAACCCCAAGGCGGUACCUAAGAGCGCCGAUAGUGGGAACAGCAUCAAGAACUACUUUUGCCCCGACUGUGGGACACCGCUUUACGGCCAUAAACUCACAUCCUCAGGGGAACCCGACGAGGCAACAGUUCUCCGAGCUGGCAUUUUGGACGAUGUAGAUGUCAUUCAGCAACAAAUUCCCGGGGUUGAGCUAUAUACCGCACGACGUAUUUGCUGGGUCAAGCCUUUCGAAGAGGCCAUUCAGUCUGAGGGUAUGCUGCCGGCUCGAUAG